AUUUCCGCACUACUGUAAGGGACGAUCUACCAAUGUUCGUAAAUCGACGGGUGCAGGGAAGGAAAAAAGUGGCUGCGGUCUGCAGAAGAGAGCGCAAAACGUUCGUUUACGACGAGAUCUGUCAUUUGACGUUGAACUAUAUCGGGUUUCUGGCGGAUUCGUGAAUUCGUGUGCCCAGGGAAGACCUAGGCGUAGACAUGGACGACAUACUUAAUGCCUUCCUGCACAAAGAUUGGAUGUCACCAAGUCAGGCCGUACCGCAGCCUGUCCCUUUCGUGGAGAUCAUCGAGCAGCCAAAGCAGCGCGGAAUGCGAUUCCGCUAUAAGUGCGAGGGCCGUUCUGCCGGCAGCAUUCCUGGUGAGCGAAGUACAGAUACAACAAAAACGCAUCCCACCAUAAAGGUGCACAAUUACCAAGGCCCAGCUCGUAUACGGAUAUCUCUGGUCACUAAAGACGCUCCCCAUAAACCUCACCCUCAUGAGCUGGUUGGAAAGGAUUGCAAGGAUGGUUAUUAUGAAGCUGACCUGUCCGCAGACCGUAAUAUACACAGUUUCCAGAACUUGGGAAUCCAGUGUGUGAAGAAGAGAGAAGUUGAGGAUGCAAUCACACAUCGUAUCAGGACAAAUAACAACCCCUUUAAUAUCCCACAGGAAGAUCUGAAGAGUGACUUUGACCUGAAUACAGUGUGCCUGUGUUUCCAAGUGUUCAUUCAUGACCAAACUGGUGGUCACCUUGUUCCUUUGCAAUUUGUGGUGUCACAACCCAUUUAUGACAACAGAGCUCCAAACACUGCAGAACUGAAAAUCUGCCGAGUGAACAAGAAUUCUGGAAGCUGUAUGGGAGGGGAUGAGAUCUUUUUAUUAUGUGACAAAGUGCAAAAAGAAGACAUCGAAGUAGUAUUUGUACUGGGAAAUUGGGAAGCACGUGGAUCGUUUUCUCAAGCGGAUGUUCACAGACAGGUGGCAAUAGUAUUUAAAACGCCUGCCUACCAAGACCAAGGGAUCCGCCAACCUGUAAAGGUUCAGAUGCAUCUGAGGAGACCAUCAGACAAAGAAGUCAGCGAACCAAUGGAGUUUCAGUAUUUGCCUCACGAUGGUGACCUUCAUCACAUCGAAGAGAAGAGAAAAAGAACCUUGGAAGAUUUCAAGCACAUCGUUAAAUCAAAUCCAUUUUCAGCUGAAGCCCGGACCCAACGCAAAAUUGCUGUGCCAAACCGUACUGUGGUACCCAAAACAGAACCGCUUCUUCGUUCCAUACAGCCAGUGUCUCACCCGGCAACUGCAAUUCCGUAUUCAGGGCCGAUGGUGAAAGCUGGUCAUGAAACAUCAACUCUUCUAUCGACUGUCAGCGUCAGUGAUUUCAACAACCUUGGCUUUUCCCCACAUCCUCAUCCACCACCACCGCAGCCAUUACAACAGUCCGAACUUGACCAAUUAGAAUCUAUGUUCGCCUUCUCUUCCUUCACGGACGACGGAAAUAUGGAUUUAGUUGGCAUUCUGCAAAAUGAUCAGGAGAACCAGUGCACCAGCCUUAGCUCAAUUGAUAACAGUGAAUUUGGUCAGCUCCUCACCGAAUCACAGAAUGCUGCAACAAUGGCAUCGGCUUUGCAAGAGGCUGGGCCUAGUCAGGGUACUCUUAUGUCCUAUCCAGAAUCUAUUACACGCCUCAUGGCAAGCAGGCCCAGUGAGGAGAACGGAGAGAGAUUUGAUAGUAGCCUCAUGAAUGGACUGUAUGAAAUGCAACAAGGAGAGUCCUUGACCUCCAUUCUUGACUAUGAUUUGGCCUCCAUAAUUGGUUCCAUGAAAUGAGUUAUCCAUGGUGGCAAAUGCUGACUAAAGUCAAGGUAUAUAAAUGUAAUCCUGAACAGUGGCCUGGUCUGUUGAACUCUUCAUGACAAUUAAGCCUUCAUCUCCAUGAUGAAAUUUAAAUAAUUAAGGUCAUCUGGGAACCUAAAAGCCUCCUAAAGUGUGUAGCAGGCUGCGCUGGCCACU